AUGGAAAGGGAAGGAUCCUCUUAUCAUACCCAGAGGUUUGAAAGCAGGGAGCCUGGGAAGGAAGAUUUCCGCCUGCGAUCCCUGGUGACAGAGAAGACCUUGGAUGCAGAGCAGUAUGUAGCCAUGAUCCGUGACAUCAUCAAACUGCAAAAGAAUCUUUGCUUGUGUCGGCAUUUCUAUAAUUUUGAUACCUCCAGGAUCCUCAAAUCUCGCCAAAUGUGGUACAUAGAUGUGUGGCCAAUCAACAUGUUCUUCCCAUCUGAUGAUGAUUCAAAAGACACAACAAGUCUCUUCAUGCUUCAGUUGGCUUGUAUCCUCAAUAUGGCAUUAGCUAUGCCUGCGAAGAGGAGACUGCGGAAACGGGGCCCUUCCUCGAACGCUCCCUCAGUCUCUUCUGAUCUCUCUCCUCGCUCGAGGCGGCAGCCAUCCCCAGCUGCAUCCUUGCACCCUCCGCCGGCCUCCCGCACCUCGUCAGGUACACACUCACCCUCGCCUCCACCCCUCACUCCUCAGAAUUCGGCUGCUCGCAAUAAUGUUAACCUCGCUCCGUACUUGCCCUCUUCUCACUCAGCUACGCCUCCCUCAUCCCCAACGAAAUCGUCCUUAUCUUCCAACGCGCCUCGUGAAAGCCCUCUCCCUAAUGCAACUGCCGCUAGUCUAAUCCCGAACGGAUCUGAAUCCACAAAAGCCUACUAUUUUCAAAACCCUGUUUUCAUUCAAGGUUUGACUCCCAAACUCCAGCAGAAAAUCGCGUUUAUUCGCUCUUUCUCUGCUUUUUUUCCAACCGUCCGCCUGCUGAAUAUCCGUGCCACUCGAUCGGCUGGAUUCGUGCUGAGCCUCGAAAAGGCAUCAGACAUUCCCCGGAUAUGUAGCAGGUGGAGCGAGUCCGGAAUCGGCGGAGAAGCCUUCCCCGCUAAAAGUAGGCUUCCGCUUCUUAAAUUCAUCAUCAAAGGCGUUGGGCUAGAGGAGGACUUAGAGACCGUCCGCGAUGUCCUCGCAACGGAGCACGGGAUUUCCCUGCAUGAAGGCGGCCUCAUCCGCAUGAGGAAAACCAAGACCGGCGCACCUCUCCCAAUGGUCCUAGUUAAAGCGCUCGACACCGACACGGCCCGCGCUCUCCUGAAAGCAGGAGUUCUUGUGAUCGGAUGCCUGCGUCUCAAAGUAGAGGAGUUCGUUCUGCAGCCUCGCAUAAUCCAGUGCUUCAAAUGCCUGGAAUAUGGUCACUACAUCGGCCAGUGCAAAUCUGACCGCGAUGUGUGCUCCUUCUGCGCGGGGAAGGGCCACUCCCAGAAGAAUUGUCAGGCGAGGCUCAAUGGUCUGCAACCUAAAUGCAGCCAUUGUCAGGGUGCCCACAUGGCGAACUCCGCCGCUUGCCCCAAACGGCAAGAAAAACGACGGCAGGUCGCCAGUGACCCCAGAUUUUCAAACUCCCUACUCGCAAAGAAAAUCCAGGAAGAGCUGAAACAGCAAACCAGCCUAGGCGCGUACUCUAGGCCGGCUCUUAAUUAUCCGAACCCGCCCCCUGUCAGGACGCCCGUGAAGCUUGUCCCCGCGCCACCCCCCUCGCGACCCGCAUGGACAACACCGCCCGCGCGUCAGGUCGCCCUCGCUCCCGUCGCCCCCGCCUCGCGCCAGCUUGUAACUGCCGCCCCGACUCCCGUCGCGUCGCCCUCGCGUCCCCCCGCGGCAUCUGCACAGGCGUCCGCCGCCAUCCGCGUAGCACCCGUCGCUGGCGCAGCGCCCGCGGUCAUCGCGAUCGAGCCCGCGUCCGCCCACGCCGCUCAUGCGUCUCCCGAGCGCGACGCGGUGAUUCAGCUGCUCCUGCAGCAAGUGCAGAGCAUCAUCGCUGCUCUGCACGCCUACGGCUUCUCUCUUUCGCUUCCCGCCCCAUCCCCUACCGUCCUCCCCUCCUCUACUAACUAA